AAUUAAUCUUCGUCACGGAAACAAAGGAAUUUCUAACUGCUUGAUCGCAUUUGUUGGUACGACGAUGAAUCUGGCUACAAUCAGCGUACUGCUGUGCGCAACGGUAUUCAUAGCAGAAUGCGUGCCUGGGGAAAGACCAAAGAUAUCUCGACAUCUGACGGUAACCAUGCCGAAAUCAACAACUGUAGCGUGCGGCGAUGCCCACAAAGGCUCUGAUGUAUUGUGGACAGUGUCAGUGACCAAAUCAAACGUCCGUGUCAACUCUUCCGAUCCGAACAACAAGCCAUGUGACAUUGCCAUCGAUCCUGGUAACGAUUCCAUUGAAGGCGAAACGAAAGUUGCCGUGAAAAAUAGAUUGAUGUAUAUUCUGGGAGAACACGGCGUGAAAAAGGUCGACGGCCAAGACAAAACCAAGUACACUCUGUUGAUCGUGAAUCUCGACACGUGUAGCCUCGGCAAAGCCGACGUCCCGCUUGCGAAAAUGUCGAACUCCCUGCCGGACAUGCUGGUCCAAGAGAAUAACGUUGAUUUAUUCUUCUCGCAAAUGGACACGUGCGCGCCCUGCCGAUUCUCAAACGAUGGAAAGAGAUCGACGAAGGCGGCACCACAAAUCCCAGCGCCGAAACCCAGCAGGGAUGGAUUUCCAUAUCCCUUUCGUAUGGGCACAUUUGGCCGUCAUCAAUACAUCUAUGCACAGAACAUGGAAGGCAACAAAGCAACUCUGAGGGUACUUGACAACACGAACAUGAACGUGUUGAAAGAAACGCAAGUCGACUAUCCCGUGGAUACCUUAGUCGAAACAAAUGCGGCCGACGCUGCGACGGUAGGCAUUUGUAGCAAAAAAUACGACAACAUGCUGAUGGACAUCAGCGCGUACAAGGAGAUCAACUGCGUGGCAAUGGACGAAGACUUAGAGACUCGCGCUCCGAUUAAAAUUACCGUCGAACCGCAUUCGCAGCCCAUCUCCAGCGUCUCCUACGACGUUGACAAAACCAGCGGCAAAAUUUACAUUGGCUUCGCCGUCGACCAAAAUAUUGUCGCUCUGGUUUACGACGACGAAGGGACGCUCAUCAAGUCUCACGAUCUUGGCAAAAUUGACGCCAGAUUCGAAAAGUACAAGCGCCAACCGAUGUUUUACACACCCUACUCUCACUGGGAUGUCAGUGGAUUCAUCGCGGGCAAGGAAUACUGCCUUGUUACGGAACAGCUGUCUUACACGGAUGAGCACGAGGUUGAUCUACAUGAUGUCAGGUGUUUCGAUACCCUCGAAUAAUUUUUUACGCUCUUCGCAAGACAAAUGCAAAUUAGCCGAAUAACGAAAGGAUAGAAUAAACCGAUCUUACUGAAUAUAUAUACCUCAAUUUCAUUUUUGUUUUCAACAUUUCAAAUGCUUGUAUAAUUUCUACAAGCAAUAAGAUCUCGAUAUAUCGCAUGCACUGAAAAUCGAAAUGUAUCAAAGGGUAGCAUUAAUAUUUUUAAAUACUUCUUUUUUUUUGCGUACUUACUUUUGAGCUUGGCGUAUUUGUUACAUGAAUUAUUUAUUGUGCAACAAUAACUGGAAAUAAAGUGGCUCUUAAAUGUCGAAACGGAAAUGAAAAUCCAUUGCUUAUUGUCGGAAGAAUAAAAUUCCAUGAAACAGUCUGUAAUCAUCGGUAGCAUUUGUUUUUUAUUGCUCAUUGGCCGACAGUCAAUGAACAGUCGGUCGAUGAGCAAUAAGCAUCGGUUUUUUAACGCAAUCGAAAAGUUCGCGGUCGCCACUGCCUCUCUCACAGAGUCAAGCCGGUGGUCAGCGAAAGCCGAACGUCGGAUUUGAUCGAUCGGAGACUCUAGCGGGAGCCGAAGAAGGAAGCAAAGUCGGCGAGCUGGCAGUCGCACGGCGAGGCGGAGUGCCUAACCCCGCGACUUGGAGCGCAGCGGUGAAACCGACAGGCCAGCGGCUCGCGGAGAAACGCGGACGCAUGCAGUCGCCAGCCGGGCCGGCGUCGAAGGAAUGCGCCGCCGCGAAAGAGACGGAGGAGGUGGAGCGAGAACGCGACGAGGAGCGAGCAGCGAGCCGCUGCGAGUGGAAGAGUCUGCCGCCGGAGGUUCUCGAGAUGAUCUUCCGAAUGCUGCCGUACAAGGAAAUCGCAGCCUCGCUGCGGCUGGUGUCCAGAAAGUGCGCGUCGGUGGCCACGAGCAUCCUGAACGCGGCCCUCCUGUCGUCGCGGCCGCGGCUGCGCUCGGUGCAGAGGCGCCUCGAGGCGAGGGCGCUUGGCUGCUCUGACGCGCUCGACCGGUCGACGCUCGCGCGCGCGCGCAACUACCUCGAGUACGCCGACGCCCAGCUGGGGCUGCUGUGGUCGGCAGUCGCGCGCUACACCCAUCCGUUCGGCGGCCGCCACCCCAAGUACGGCAGGCUCUGCUUCUACGGCGGCGCGCUCCUCGACGAGCUCGACAGCCUGCUCAGGGUGGCGGUCCGAUGUCCUGCCGUGCUGCUCGAAAGGGACGGCCCAGCCGGCUGCAUCCUCGACUUCGCCGUCAGGUGCAAGAAGUUCAUGAAUUACUUCGAGAAGGUCUCCGAGAAGAAGAUCAACAAAAACAGUCUGAUCUCGGGCUGCAAGCCGAUCGACAUCUUGGACUGCCUGCUGGAGGGUCGCGAGCUGCUGGAGCUGCGCGUGCCGUCGCCGCGCGACGCCGAGCUGCCGACCGCCACGGUCGGCAUGAAGCUGCGCUACGUGAUGGCGCGCUCGUGGUUCACCUGCCUAGACUUGCCGGAAAGCGAGUCGCGCGAGGACGAAAAGUCGUGGCGCGAUCAGCAGCGUUUCAUGUACCUCAGGCUCAGGCGACUCGUGAGCAGCUUCAACGAGCAUCGGCUCGAGAAGAGGCACUACGAGAUGGAGAUGCUGAUGAGCGUUCGGCAUUCGCUGCCGAUCCCGAAAGUCCCGACCUGCUCCACUUAUACCGGCUACGGCGAAUACGCUGGCAAAUUUUAUUACUACGGACACAUGAACGAAAGCGCGUUCGAGGGCAAGGUUUUGGAUACUUGGAGACGGACCUCGUCGAGGGAGCGGACGAGAAAGAAAGAGCCCGAGGACAGGCCCUCCUACGAUCUUGUCAUCGACGUCGAAUUGCGAUGCUCGCCGGAACUUGCUCCGCUUUCGCUCAGGUCGAUGCUGAAGUACGACGAUUUCGACCACCCGACGUGUGCGAGCAGCCGACCGGAGUUCUGCCUGAGCCUCAGCAUCGACUGCCCGGCGGCCUUCUACAACAGACUGCCCAAUCGCUACGUGUGGGAACUCAACACGUCUCACUACCAAAAACCCUGACUCUCCGCUGCUAGUUUUAAUUUUAAUUUUUAAUUUAAUUUAAUCGCUUUUCUAUUAAGUACUUUUCCCCUCCUGUCCUUUUUUCUUUUUAACUUGCAUUUGGAAAACAGUUUUACUCUGUACAACGAUCAUUUUAAUUCUUAGUUUUUAUUUAUUUUUUAAAAUCGAAGCUCUCGUGCCUUUUAUUUAUAUUAUUUUUUUUUCUUCUGCUUUUAUUCAACAAUCGGA